AUGUUCUGGCUACAUAAGGUUGUCUGUAUUUUCGUCCUGGUUGAGUGGUCUGUCCAGGAUUAUCCAUUUAAAAACAUUAACCUAUCCUGGGAUGCUCGUGUGGAUGAUUUGGUGGGCAGGCUGACCUUAGAUGAGAUGACGUUACAGAUGGCUAAAGGUGGCGCUGGUAUAAAUGGACCGGCUCCGGCAAUACCCAGACUAGGCAUCGGGCCAUAUCAAUGGAACACUGAAUGCUUACAUGGAGAUGUCAGUCAAAAUGCCACGACUUCAUACCCCCAGUCUAUUGGACUAGCUGCUACAUGGAGUCCUGUACUUCUGUAUAGAAUGGCUGAAGCAACAGCAACUGAGGUCAGAGCUGUCCACAAUGCUAAUAUUCAGAAACAUAGCUAUACUGACCAUACAGGGUUAAGUUGUUUCGCACCAGUCAUAAACAUUAUGAGAGAUCCAAGAUGGGGUAGAAAUCAGGAAACGUAUGGAGAAGAUCCAUAUCUUAGUGGAAUGUUAUCAACAUCUUAUGUUAAUGGACUCCAAGGAGAUCACCCAAGAUAUGUGAGAGCUACAGCUGGGUGUAAACAUUUUGAUGUUCAUGGUGGUCCAGAAAAUAUACCCGUGUCCAGAUUCAGCUUCAACUCAGUGGUAUCUACGAGAGAUUGGAGAACAACAUUCCUGCCAGCUUUCAGAUAUUGUGUAGAAGCAGGAACCUUUAGUGUUAUGUGCAGCUAUAACAGUAUCAAUGGUGUACCAUCAUGUGCAAACAAAAUGCUACUAAUUGAUAUUCUACGUAACGAAUGGGGGUUCAAAGGUUAUGUUGUCAGUGACGAUGCUGCUAUAGAAAAUAUUAUAUACCAGCAUCAUUAUGUCAACAACUCUGUAGAUGCAGCGGCGGCCUCGGUAAACGCUGGAUGUAAUUUAGAAUUAGUAGGACCUAAGAAAACAAAUGAAGUUUUUAUGUCCAUUACUGACGCCGUCAAACAGGGUAAAUUAUCAGAGGAUUUAGUAAGAGAAAGAGUGAAACCUCUAUUCCAUACCAGAAUGAGAUUAGGAGAAUUUGAUCCACCAGAGAUGAAUCCUUAUAACUACAUUAAUACAUCUGUUAUAGAAGAACAAAGUCAUAUAAACCUCGCUUUUGAAGCAGCUUUGAAAUCUUUUGUUUUAUUAAAAAAUGAUGGUCUGUUGCCUUUAAAACAAACUACAUUUAACAGUAUAGCUAUUGUCGGGCCGUUUGCUGAUGCGGGUUAUCUGUUAGGUGGUGAUUACAGUGCUAACUCGGAUCCAAAAUUUAUUUCCACACCACGGCAAGGAUUAUCAUCACUUGGUACCAAGGCGAACUAUGCCAGUGGAUGUAAAGACACAAAAUGUUCUACCUAUGAUUCAAGUUCUAUACAAACAGCAGUUCAAGGCGUUGAAAUUGUUUUCGUAUGUCUGGGAUUAGGUGCGUUAUAA